AUGGCUGCUCAAACACAAAAACUUUUAUCUUUAUCAUUCAUAUUCUCGUGCAUGAUUAUUGCAACGAUUGCAGUAAGCUGUCCCUCAUACUUAAGAGAACGCGAUGUAUAUAAACCUUACGAUCAAACACAUCGUUACAAUGAACGGGCUAUUAUUUACGACGAUUUUGAUGAUUUAGAUGAUUUAGAUGAAUAUGAUGUGGUUUACCCGGUUUACCCUGACGAUGAUUUAGAUGAAUAUGAUGUGGUUUACCCGGUUUACCCUGAUGAUGAAUACGAUGUGGUUUACCCGGUUUACCCUGAUGAUGAUUUUUUUGAUGACGACUUAUUAGUUUACCCUGAUGACGAAUUAUUAGUUUACCCUGAUGAUGACUAUUUGGAUGACGAUGACAUAUUAGUUUUAAGGGAUGAAUAUGGUGGAUCCGGAAUACGUGGAUACGGUGGAUACGGUGGAUACGGUGCCAUGAAAAAGAAUAUUUUCAGUUCUGCAAACGCCGUUAUCGGAACUAUUAUAUUAAGGCCGUUUAAAGUUAAUUAG